CCUCUCUUUUCAAGGGAGGGAAGAAGGGGAUCGCCCGGUUUUAAACGUGCGGUUGUGUGGCGAAGGGGAAGGCGCUCCCAUUGCUGCCUUGACUCUGCAAGUUGAGCUCACACUUUUUUCUCUUUUUUUUUUUUGGCGUCCCACAGCAACGGGCGGAAGAAGAAGACGUUGAAGAAGAAGAAGAAGAAGAAGAAGGAGGAGGAGGAGAAGAAGAAGGAGGAAAAGUAGAAGAAGAAGGAGAAGAUAAAAACGAAGAAGAAGAAGAAGAAGAAGAAAAUAAAGAAGAAGAAGAAGAACCGGCGAGAAGGCAUAUACUGUCCAGUUUCCCCCCCCAACUGUUGCUUUAGUGCAGGACUGGGCUGCAGAUGUUCAGCGGAGGAUUAUAUAAUUUUUUUGUUUUGUGUGUGUGUUUAUUUUGACUUUCUUCCAAGUUCCCCGGUUGUCGGAACCGGGCCGUUGUCGUCACGGUUAUCCCCCCCCCUCCCCCUCCCCUCCCCUCUCCCUCCGCUGCCCCCUUCAUGGAUGGUCCAGUGUCGGUGUCUGCCGCUCAGCACAGGCCGAGUUUGGAGCUCGGAAGGAGGGCUAAAUGUACCGCCACCUCACCCCAGCACACUUUUGAAAACUUGAUUCGGACAUAAAGAAAUUUAAAAAAAAAAAAAAAAAAAAGGGGGAAAAAGUGAGCCUCAGCUAUGGGUUGCAUGCACUUUCUGAUGUGCUUCUCACUCACUCAGCUCAUGCUGGAGCCUACUUUUGCCGCAGGAGCCCACGACAAGCUCUCUGGCAAGUUGAGCGAGUAUGGUCUCAUCGUGCCAUUCAGCACAGACUCCCACGGCCGCUUCAUGUCUCACCUGCUCUCCACCGGCGGCGCUCCGGAGGAUGGAGACGGUGGCGACGCCGGCCGCAGGAGGAGGAGGACCGCCGGGAGGCGGCGGGUGGCCCGCGGCGCCCCGGAGAUGCCCUCGCUGGCCCCCGGCUCGGCCCAGCGCUUGUUCUUCAACGUGACCGUCUUCGGCAAGGAGCUGCACCUCCGGCUGAGGGCCAACAGGAAGCUGGUGGCCCCGGGGGCCUUUGUGGAGUGGCAGGAGGACUUUGAGGGCAAGGCCAAGGAGCGCGUGCACAGGGAUUGCGUCUUCACCGGGGACGUGAGCGACAUGCCCCACGCCACAGUGGCCAUCAGCAACUGCGACGGACUGGCAGGCUUGAUCCGCACCGACCACGGCGAGUUUUUCAUCGAGCCCCUGGAGAAGGGCCAGCAGGAUGUGGAGGUGAAGGGCCGCGUGCAUGUGGUGUACCGCAGGUCGGCCAUCAAGCGGGAAGCUGGCCAAAGCGAAGAGACUCUCCGCAAUGAAGUGGUGGACUUCGGCCUCGCGGAACUCCCGGCGGCCCUGGACCUGGUCCAGCACAGACUGUCGGAGGCCGAGCGCAAGAGGAGGCACGCCAAGGCGGACGACUACAACAUCGAGGUGCUGCUCGCCGUGGAUGACUCUGUGGUGCGCUUCCACGGCAAAGAGCACGUGCAGAACUACGUCCUCACCCUCAUGAACAUCGUGGAUGAAAUCUACCACGAUGAGUCUUUGGGGACCAACAUCAACAUCGUCCUGGUCCGCAUGAUCAUGGUCGGGUAUCGGCAGUCCAUCAGCCUGAUCGAGCGUGGCAACCCAUCCCGCAGCCUGGAGCAGGUGUGCCGGUGGGCCAACACGCAGCAGCGCGGCGACCCCGACCACGCCGAGUACCACGAUCACGCCAUCUUCCUCACAAGGCAAGAUUUUGGUCCCGCAGGUAUGCAAGGUUAUGCUCCGGUGACUGGUAUGUGCCAUCCGCUGAGGAGCUGCACUCUGAACCACGAGGACGGCUUCUCUUCCGCUUUUGUGGUCGCUCACGAGACGGGCCACGUGCUGGGAAUGGAGCACGACGGCCAGGGCAACCGCUGCGCCGACGAGACCAGCAUGGGCAGCAUCAUGGCGCCGCUGGUCCAGGCCGCCUUCCACCGCUACCACUGGUCCCGCUGCAGCAAGCAGGAGCUCAGUCGCUACAUCCACUCCUACGACUGCCUGCUGGAUGAUCCCUUUGAGCACAAGUGGCCCAAGGUUCAGGAGCUCCCCGGGAUCAACUAUUCCAUGGACGAACAGUGCCGCUUUGACUUUGGCGUCGGUUAUAAGAUGUGCACUGCUUUCCGCACGUACGACCCCUGCAAGCAGCUGUGGUGCAGCCAUCCCGACAACCAGUACUUCUGCAAAACCAAAAAAGGGCCACCUGUGGAUGGGACGGAAUGUGGUCCUGGAAAGUGGUGUUUUAAAGGCCAUUGCAUCUGGAGGUCCAGCCAGGAGCCUCAGGGCCACGACGGCAGCUGGAGCUCCUGGUCCAAGUUUGGCUCUUGUUCGCGGACAUGCGGAGGCGGAGUUCGCUCCCGCAGCCGUCAAUGCAACGACCCUCCGCCGGCCUACGGCGGUCGCGAGUGCCCCGGCUCGGCGUUAGACUACCAGAUGUGCAACACGGAGGAGUGCGCCGGGCCCUACGAGGACUUCCGUGCUCAGCAGUGCCUCCAGAGGAGCAACAAAUACCACAACAACAAGAAGCACACCUGGCUGCCAUACGAGCACCCAGAUGAGAGUCGCAAGUGUGAGCUGAGCUGUACGUCCAAGGAAACGGGGGAGGUGGUCUUCAUGAACCAGGUGAUGCACGACGGGACCCGCUGCAGCUACAGUGACCACUUCAGUGUGUGCGCGAGGGGCGAGUGUCUGCACGUCGGCUGCGACAAGGAGUUUGGCUCGUACAAAGAGGAGGACAAGUGCGGAGUGUGCGAGGGUGACAACUCGCACUGUCGCACUGUCAAGCUGACGCUCACCAAAACGCCCAAAAAGAACGGAAUUCUGAAAAUGUUCGACAUCCCUGUCGGAGCCCGUCACAUCGUCAUCGAGGAGAACGACACCUCCCCACAUCUAAUUGCCGUGAAGAAUCAAGUUACCGGCAAUUUCAUCCUUAAUGCCAAAAGUGAAGACGCGGAGUCAAAGACUUUCAUCGAGAACGGUUUACAAUGGAACUACACCAUUGAGAGCAACGGCAAAGAGACCCUACGGACGUCCGGCCCUCUGCAUGAAGGCAUCUUAGUGCUGGUAAUUUCGCGUGAAGAGGAGGCAAAGAUCAGCUUGACGUAUAAGUACAUCAUACACGAGGACCUGCUGCCUCUCAUCACUAACAACAACAUCCUCCUGGCCGAGUUGGACACGUACGAAUGGGCGCUAAAAAGCUGGUCGCAGUGCUCCAAACCUUGCGGCGGAGGCAUACAGUACACAAAACAUGGAUGCAAGAGGAAGAGUGACAGCCGCUUGGUCCAUCGCAACUUUUGCGAGACCAGCAAGAAGCCCAAACCCAUCCGCAAGCGUUGCAACAUCCAGGAGUGCAGCCAGCCAACGUGGGUGGUGGACGAGUGGAGUGCGUGCAGCAAGACAUGCGGGAAGCAGGGCUACCAGACUAGGGUGGUGCAGUGCAUGCAGGCGCUGCACAAUGGCACCAACCGGCCCGUCCACAGCAAACACUGCGCCGAGGACAGGCCGGAGCCCAGGAGGAUCUGUAAUAACACGGCAUGUCCUGCACAGUGGAGGACUGGGGCAUGGUCUCAGUGCUCGGUCUCCUGCGGGGAGGGCAUCCAGCAAAGGCAGGUGGUGUGCAAGACCAGCAACAACACCGCAGGCGACUGUGAGGGCGACAAGCCGGAGACGGUCCUCAUUUGCAAGAUUAGCCCUUGUCCAGGACAAGCAUCGCCCCCUCUCAGCAUGGACAACUCCACCGUCAAAGACGAAGCCUUGCAUCAAAGAGCUCCCAACAACCCUGUCAUUAAAGUCACCUCAAACGAGGCUUGCCAGGGAGAUAAAUCGAUUUUCUGUCAAAUGGAGGUCCUGGCUCGCUAUUGUUCCAUCCCUGGAUAUAAUAAGCUUUGCUGUGAAUCUUGCAGCAAAAACCUCACCAGUCCACUUCCCACCUCAGAAGAACCUCAGACGUCCACGUCUUCCCACCUGGCUGCCCACCAGUCCUCUCUACCUACUGCCACCCGGAAUCCACUGCAAACCACUAAAAGCGCCAGCCGACGGACGCGCUCCACCACCCCCGCCGCGGCGUUGACCACCGUCGCCUCGACCACCACAGGCGGCAGCGACCCGGUGCCUCUUCUACCUCCAGCGCCGCCGACAGCCUCCAAGGAGCGCAGGCCCAACAGCACUUUAGGCCCGCUAGCCGCAAAGUCAAAACGGGACCGCUUAGGAUCCGAGAGGGACUCCGCUCGCGGGGCCGCGUAGCAUCACCUCACUUUUUCCUCCAGUGGACUUUGAGCAGACGGGCGAUUACCUCAACCAACCUCCGAAAGAGCGAGGGCCAAGCGCUGUCGUCGGCGCUCCAGAGACGAUACAAACGCAAAGGUGCUGUAAACUCGAAGAGCAAAAAAUAAUGUGACUGUAUUGCUUCCUCCGUGUUUGUUUCUGUGGACAAUUGUUGCUGUUUUUCCUCCGCAAGUGCAUCAGAACUACUAGUGAACUCGCGUGGUGAACAGGCGGGAGGUGUUAGCCGUGUCGACUGUGGAGGCUAGUCUAUGCCACUCAGGUAAUUUAUGGACCUUUCAUGUCAAAUACAGACGCAUGUAUCUCCAUUUUCAAAAAUCUUUGGUGGACCCAGCUAGUAAGGCUAAAGCUUAUAGUUAUUCCAACAUAUUUUUGCACUUAAAAGAUCUCAAAAACCUCAUGGAAAUGCAGAAAAAAUAGAUUAAAAAAAAGUAAUGUAGCUAAAAAUCUUUUUUUAAUUUUUUUAUUAUUAUUAUUAUUAAUCAGUCCAACAAAAUAAUACACAAUAAUACAAUAAUAAUACAAUUUUAAUUCCAAAACCAAACCCGACCCAGCAACAUUCAUUAAAAUGAAUGCGUGAAUUGUUUUAAAGGGGAACAUUAUCACAAUUUCAGAAUGGUUAAAACCAUUAAAAAUCAGUUCCCAGUGGCUUAUUAUAUUUUUCGAAGUUUUUUUCAAAAUUUUACCCAUCACGCAAUAUCCCUAAAAAAAGCUUCAAAGUGCCUGAUUUUAACCAUCGUUAUAAACACCCGUCCAUUUUCCUGUGACGUCACAUAGUGAAGCCAACACAAACAAACAUGACGGAAAGAACAGCAAGCUAUAGCGACAUUAGCUCGGAUUCAGACUCGGAUUUCAGCGGCUUAAGCGAUUCAACAGAUUACGAAUGUAUUGAAACGGAUGGUUGUAGUGUGGAGGCAGGUAGCGAAAACGAAAUUGAAGAAGAAACUGAAGCUAUUGAGCCACAUCGGUUUGAACUGUAUGCAAGCGAAAACGACGAAAACGACACGACAGCCAGCGACACGGGAGAGAGCGAGGACGAAUUUGGCGAUCGCCUUCUAACCAACGAUUGGUAUGUGUUUGUUUGGCAUUAAAGAAAACUAACAACUAUGAACUAGGUUUACAGCAUAUGAAAUACAUUUGGCAACAACAUGCACUUUGAGAGUGCAGACAGCCCAAUUUUCAUCAAUUAAUAUAUUCUGUAGACAUACCCUCAUCUGCGCUCUUUUCCUGAAAGCUGAUCUGUCCAGUUUAAGGGACGGUGUGAGCCAAGACAUCCAGGGGGUUUAGCUCGCUCGUCUACGGGAACAAACUGCCGCCAUUGCUUGCCGUGCUACCGAGGUCCUUUGUCCCUGAAUUGCUCACACACUCCGGCAGAUUCAAUGGGGGUCUGGCGGCAGAUUUCUUUGACUUUAUCGUUUGAAAUGCAUCUGCUUUGAGUGUCGCAGGAUAUCCACACAUUCUUGCCAUCUCUGUCGUAGCAUAGCUUUCGUCGGUAAAGUGUGCGGAACAAACGUCCAAUUUCUUGCCACUUUCGCAUCUUUGGGCCACUGGUGCAACUUGAAUCCGUCCCUGUUCGUGUUGUUACACCCUCCGACAACACACCGACUAGGCAUGAUGUCUCCAAGGUACGGAAAACAGUCGAAAAAACGGAAAAUAACAGAGCUGAUUUGACUCGGUGUUUGAGAAAAUGGCGGAUUGCUUCCCGAUGUGACGUCACGUUGUGACGUCAUCGCUCCGAGAGCGAAUAUUAGAAAGGCGUUUAAUUCGCCAAAAUUCACCCAUUUAGAGUUCGGAAAUCGGUUAAAAAAAAUAUAUGGUCUUUUUUCUGCAACAUCCAGGUAUUUAUUGAGGCUUACAUAGGUCUGGUGAUAAUGUUCCCCUUUAAGUCUCAGAAUUUGCUUUUAAUACACAGUCACAUGAUAUAGGAAUAUUUUUAAAUGCUAUAAACUUUCUUGUUGGACCUUUUAAUGAGGUAUUUAGUAGAGGUGUGGGAAAAAAUCGAUUCGAAUUCAAAUCGCCAUUUUCACGUUGUACGAUUCAGUAUCGAUUCUCGUUUUUCAAAAAUCGAUUUUAUUUUUUAUUUUUUUUAUUUUUUAUUAAUCAAUCCAGCAAAACAAUACACAGCAAUACCAUAACAAUGCAAUCCAAUUCCAAAACCAAACUCGACCCAGCAACACUCAGAACUGCAAUAAACAGAGCAAUUGAGAGGAGACACAAACAUGACACAGAACAAUCCAAAAGUAGUGAAACAAAAAUGAAUAUUAUCAACAACAGUAUCAAUAUUAGUAACAAUUUCAACAAAGCAGUGAUUAAAAAUCCCUCAUUGACAUUAUCAUUAGACAUUUAUUUAAAAAAAAGAGAACAAUAGUGUCACAGUGGCUUACACUUGCAUCGCAUCUCAUAAGCUUGACAACACACUGUGUCCAAUAUUUUCACAAAGAUAAAAUAAGUCAUAUUUUUGGUUCAUUUAAUAGUCAAAACAAAUUUACAUUAUUGCAAUCAGUUGACAAAACAUUGUCCUUUGAAAUUACAAAAGCUUUUUACAAAAAUCUACUACUCUGCUUGCAUGUCAGCAGACUGGGGUAGAUCCUGCUGAAAUCCUAUGUAUUGAAUGAAUAGAGAAUUGUUUUGAAUUAAAAAAAUAUCGUUUUUGAAUCGAGAAUCGCGUUGAAUCGGAAAAAAUCGAUUUAUAAUCGAAUCGUGACCCCAAGAAUCGAUAUUGAAUAGAAUCGUGGGACACCCAAAGAUUCGCAGCCCUAGUAUUUAGCAUUACCAUUGUGAAUCAGAGAAAUUAUGAAGUGUUACAAAUAAAACUGCAUUAUCUGAAAUUUAAAAAAAAUAAUUCUUGAUUUUUUUUUUUUUACGGUAAUAUUUUAUUAUCAGAUCAUUUUUGAGUAAUUUAGCCUAAAAGCAAAAGGAAACUUGGAGGUAUGUAAUAGUGUUUUAUCGCUUAUUACUUCAUUAAAGUCCAUAAUAUCCUAAAUGAUAACUGGCCUCCACAGUCAUCACCCCUGGCAGGAAGCAUCAUAGCUUCUCCGUACUUGGUGCUCUUUUUUGUUUUUGGUUUCCAAAUCCAAUUUUGGGGAUUAAUAUAUAUAUAUAUAUAUUUUUUUUAGCUAUCCAAGUCCACUGUCGAUACACAUCGGUGGAAGAUCACUUAUGCUUUAAAACCAUCAGAACAAUAUUUCUUUUUGUUACUGAUAUAUAUUUUUCUGAUAAUAAUGUAAAUAGUGUAAAUUCCUCCCCAUUAGGAAAAAAAAUAACAUGCAAAAUAAUAAUGAUAAUAUUAAGAGCGGAGUGUGUGUGCGUGCGUGUGUGUGUGUGUUCGUGUGUGUGUGUGUGUUCGCAGCCGGGAAGUGCAGUUGCUGUUAUCGUGACGCCAUUCCCGCCUCGCAGUGUAUAACAACGCCAUGUUUAUUGUAUAGUUCUUGUAUAUACUGUACGUUGGUGAUGAAAGCUUUAAAUGUUAAUAUUUAUUGAAUUUUUAAGUGGUACGGAGAACAUUAAAAGAAAAACAAACAUGUCUAAAAAA